ACAUAAAAAAAAUGAGAAAAACGCAUCGCCACCUUCGUGUGUCUCGUUCUCUCUGCAUUUAAAACACAUCCCUUCAAUUCUUUCACUCCCCCCAAUUUUCAUUCUCUUUUAUUUUUCUCUGUAUUCUCUACCUGACACCCAAUUGUUUGUUUCUCUCUCUUUCAUCCUUUUCCUUUUCCUUUCUUUACGUGAACAUUUGCGUUUAAUGCCAACGUUGAUAUUUGAAUUUUUUUUCGCUCUCGUCAAUGUAUCUUUUUUCUUUUACUAACACCAGAAUCCAACAUUUUCUGACAGUUUUACAAGCAUCUGCGUUCUUCUUCAAUUUGCUCCUACUGAAGAUAUCUCAAAUUUAAGGUAGUUUAGCUUGGCUGUUAUCAUUGGAGCUGCAGCUUGGUCCAUUUGGAUCCUUGUGGGCUUCAACGGUGGCAAUGAGUAAUAAACGGUUGGAAUUUGGGAGGCCUGUCUCAAGUAUGCAAUGAUACUUAAUUUGAUUCUCUCUUGUAUUUAAUUUGAUUUACCCUUAUUUAAAGUCAAUUUAAACUCAUUUACAUGUAAUUUAUUUUUUUCCCCACUAACUCGCUCUCCCUCUUCAUUAAGGAUAAGAAUAAAUAUGGGUAUGAGACUGAAAAAGUAAUAAUCAAUACUUCAUUGGUAAUCCAGAAUGACAAUAAUUUUAAAAAAGAAAAAUAGAACUAAAAAAAGCAGUACUAUGUUUCGGGAAGAACUCACCUUGAUUGGGUUUGUUUCUAAAUUGAAUGAAUAAGGGUAUUUGCACUAAGAAAUUUAGUGGAUAAGAUUAUGAUGCACUUUAAAUUAAGUCAAUAGUGAGUGUAAAUUUACUUGAUAAGUUUAAAGAUAAGCUCGUUUUGGAGGAUUUGUAUCAACAUGUUUUAAUUCAGUACUGACAGUAAUAUUAUAGCUAUCUCAAAACAACUACUUUCUAGCUUUAUUAAAUUGGGAAUGAUUCAUCCUGGUAUGAUGUUUCAAUCACCACUGGUUCUUCUGAUGACAUAUGCCUUGAUAUUGUUUUUUGUCUGGUUUAUUUAGUAGUUAUUGACAAACUUCACGUUCCUUGAUGAGUGUUUUUUCACCCUACCAUUGAGGGAAUACUUAAAAAACAAGAUUUUCCCAUCUUUUCUAUUAGGUUGCAUUUUGCUGUUGUUUUUGUGGUUGCCCAUUUUUUAUAUUUUGUGCAUACCUAUGUGGUUUCAAAUAAUGACUGGAUGGUUGCAUCCAGAGACGAGAUACCAUGCUUUAUUGGGGAUAUUUGGUCUUACUGUUUUUUUGGACUCACAGUGAGCUUGAUUUUAAGCAUUGCAGCUUAUGAUUCUUUAGAAUUUUAAAUAGAAAUAAAGAGAUAUUGCAAACAAAGGUGGAAAUAGGCUAGACAGCUUGUCAAGGGCCUACUGAUAAGCCUAUAGCUUGGCAUGCAAUAGGCUUGGCUUGACCCUGUUUACUGAACAAAUCAGGUUUAGUCUUUUUUAACCAAAAAGAAAAACAAUUUAAUUAAAUUGGCUAAGCCUUGGGCCUUCUAAUGUAUCUUUUUACGCUCAAGGGCCAACACGUUAUAUGUUCAUUAUAUUAAUCAAAAACAUAUUAUUACAAUUUACAAAAAUAAUUCAACUUAUUAUAUAUCUUGAAAACCAACGCUUAGGCCCAUUUUCUUACUUAAAGGAAAGGCCUGUAUUUGAUAAUAAACCGUAUUCAAGCUUUAUGUUUGAAAAAUUGGUCAAUCCAUUAAAGACAAAGCUUGUCUUGCUUAUUUCCAUGUCUAAUUGUGAAUGCAAAGUUGUUUUCAAUUUUUUUUCUUGAGAAGUUGAAUGAUUGGCAGGUCUCUUACAGGUAAAAGAAGAUUGAAGGAUUUAUUGGUUCAAAAAGAUAAUCGCUUCUGUGCUGAUUGUAAUUCUCCAGAUCCUAAAUGGGCGUCAGCCAAUAUUGGAGUUUUUGUAUGCUUAAAAUGUUGUGGUGUGCACAGAAGUCUUGGUACUCAUAUAUCAAAGAUUUUGUCUGUGACAUUGGAUGACUGGUCAACUGAUGAAAUAGAUGGAAUGAUUGAAGUUGGAGGAAAUUCUUCUGCCAAUUCAAUUUAUGAGGCUUAUAUUCCAGAAGGAUAUACAAAACCUGGACCAGAUGCCAGUCAUGAGGAGCGUGCAAAAUUCAUCCGAUCAAAGUAUGAGCAACAAGAAUUUUUGAAACCUAGUUUGCGCAUUGUGUCAGGAAAAAGCAAUACCUCAUCAAGUUUUUCCAAAGGGAUUGUGGUUGGUUUUCGAAGUACUAGUAGUUCACAGAAUAUGGAAGGAAUGGUAGAAUUUAUUGGAACGUUGAAGGUUAAAGUGAUCAAAGGCACAGACUUAGCUAUCAGAGAUAUAAUGACAAGUGAUCCAUAUGUUAUCUUGAAUCUUGGCCAACAGAUUGUUCAGACAACGGUAAUAAAGAGUAAUUUGAAUCCAGUCUGGAAUGAGGAACUUGUGCUGUCCGUACCUCAGCAAUAUGGAAUAUUAAAUUUGGUAAGGUUGAAUUUUAUGAUCUUGUUAGAAAACAGAAACAAAUUGUUUAUGUAUCCUGCUAUAUACAGCCAAAUCACUGAAGAAAAUCUAGGCCUUCCCAAUUCCUCAACGAUGCAUGACACCUUUAUGAUUGUAAGACCAAAUCCAUGUAUUAUAUACUUAAACCAAACCCUAUUCAAUGCUUCUCUCUUACAUCCUUUCUCAACAUUGGCUAUCAAGUAACUACUCUUCAUCAACCAUCCUCAAACCCUAUGGUCUUACUUAUAUUACUAUUU